CAGGGAUCCUCCAGCACGUCACUACCGCCUGUCAGCACCACCUACACACCACGCCCAACAGAUGGACGAGGUAGCUACCUAAACCACGGACUAUCCCUCCCACCACGACCAAGACGCCCGUCUUGUGCCUGUUCAGGAUGGAGCCAAUAUCCCGGAUCUCGUCGCUCCUCGAGAGAGCCCAGGAGCUUACCCUCGACGCUGCCUCCGCCGCCCGAAGCUCGCGAAGUGCGCCAAGGUCCCUGGACAAGAACCAGGUCAAGAAACUCCUCGAUAGCCGAAAUGAACGCGAGGUGCUCGAGGGCCUGCGCAAGGUCAUCUCCAUGAUGUACCGCGCACAAAAGACCCUGCCCUUCUUCUCGUCCGUGGUCAAGAACGUCGCGUCGCCGAACCUUGAGAUCAAGAAGCUUGUCUACAUCUACCUCAUCCACCAUGCCGAGCAGGAACCCGACCUCGCGCUGCUGUCGAUCAACACCAUACAGAAGUCUCUGUCAGACAGCAACCCUCAGGUCCGUGCGCUGGCGCUGAAGACCAUGUCGGGAAUACGAGUGCCGGUUAUCAGCCAGAUCGUCUCUCUGGCCAUCAAGAAAGGCGCCGGCGACAUGAGCCCCUACGUGAGGAGAGCAGCAGCAAUGGCCAUACCGAAGUGCUUCCGCCUAGACCCAAAUCAGUCACCGCAGCUGAUUGAGUACCUCACGACGCUCCUGGGGGAUAAGCAAUACUUCGUUGCCGGUGCAGCUGUCACGGCGUUUAUGGAGAUCUGCCCUGAGAGGACGGAUGUUAUACAUAAACACUACCGCAGCCUGGUCCGGAAGAUUGUCGACAUGGACGAGUGGAGCCAGCUCUCAACAUUGAGGAUGCUGACUGUGUAUGCUCGAAAGUGUUUCCCAAGGAGGACCAAGACUGUCAAAGCUGGAGAGAAAGCAGCCGACUUGCGAGGCUUCUACAACGAGGCAGGCAACAGCGGAGACGCAGGCGAACAAGUGGUAAUCCUGGACCCGGAUCUCGAGCUGCUUCUCAACUCAAUAAAGCCACUGCUCCAGAGCAGGAACUCAGGCGUCGUUGUUGCUACAGCCCGCUGUUAUGUUUCAAUAGGGACACCCGAGUAUAUCAAGUCAGCCGUUGGACCGCUGGUCGCUUUGCUCAGGGGCCCCUCCGACAUUCAACAAAUUGCUCUUUACAACAUCGUGUCUGUCUGUUUACUAAGGCCUACAGACUUCGUCAAAUAUGCCUCACACUUCCUCGUCAGGGCAACUGAUAGCAGCUCAGUAUGGGAACUCAAGCUAGAGGUGUUGACCCUCGUCUUCCCACACUCCCCGCCACACGUCAAAUCGCUCAUCCUCAACGAACUGGAACACUUCUCGAGAGGCUCAGACAAGCUAUUGGUGCGUGAAGCUGUCCGAGCCAUCGGGCGAUGCGCGCAGAGCGACCCGAAGACGAGUUCAAGGUGUUUGAGGUUGUUGUUGAGUCAGAUAUCCAGCCUCGACGGGAAUCUGGCGGCAGAGAGCUUGACUGUCAUCCGACACCUAAUCCAGCAGGAUUCUACCGCCCACACUUCCACAGUGGUGAGGCUGGCAAAGAACCUCGAUUCCGCCACUGAUCCACAAGCUCGAGCUACCAUCAUCUGGCUUGUCAGUGAGUUCGCCGGCCUCAAUGGCGAAGACAACAUCGCAGCAGAUGUCUGCAGGAUUCUACUCAAAGGCUUCGCAGAGGAAUCAGAGAUCGCCAAGCGGCAGAUCCUAUUACUAACCGCCAAGGUCUAUUUGCACCAUGUGAACCGUGUCAUAGAAGCCAGGAAGAGCCAGGAGUCCGAAGAAGGGGAAGCAGCUGAACCAACGUCACUGAACGAGAUGGAAGAUCACCCUGUGGCCCGAUUGUGGGACUAUGUUCUAUUACUGGUGCGCUACGACACCUCGUAUGACCUUCGGGACAGGGCAAGAUUGUUCAAGGCGCUGCUUGGUGUUCCUCAGCUAGCAACCCUCAUGCUUCUUGCACCAAAGCCAGCGCCACAAGCCCCCAGCCCAUCAGAAACGAGAAAGGGCUUCACACUCGGCUCCGCAGCUUUGGUUUUAGGCGGUGGAGGGGGGAUCCACGGCCUCAAAGGGUACGAGGCUCUGCCGGACUGGGUGGAGGACGGUAGGGAGCCGGAUCCAAAGUUGAGAUCCGAAGGAGAGCCAGCUAGCAGCAGUGGUGGCUUUGCGGUCUGGGAGAAGCGCUCCGCACCUGCAGCAGAUAGUCUCGAUAGCUCUACCGCCAGGUCUGGCGUGGGCAAGGCUACCAACGGGGACGAAGGGUCCGGUCUCGGUACCAAGUCUCUCGCUGACUGGCUUGCCGAAGAUGAAGGCCAAGAGGAGUCAGGCGAGAGCGAGGAGGAAGAGUCGUCUGAGGAGGAAGACGAGGAAGAAGACGAGGAAGAAGAGGAUGGCGAAGAAGAGUCCGGCGAGAGCGAGGAGGAGAGUUCCGAAGAGGAUGCGCGGUUGGUUCGAGGAUCAUGAUCGGAGAAGGCCUAACAACAUACCCUAAGGACAACAGAGAUACCUGGACUCCACCAUCAACCCAGCGCAAUAUAUCUAGUUCAAAGAGGCAGGGUGACAUGGAACAAGGUGAAUCGUAUGUGGCACAUAGCCCGAAAAAGAUUUCUCACGGUGUAGAAUGGAAAUAUCG